UGCCCAGGCGCAAGCACCGCGGGCGCUCAGAGCUGGUGGCUCUGCUCCUGCGGUUCCUAAACCUGAGUGGUGCCUGCAGGGAGCGCAGCGGCAGGCACCUCUUGGCCCGGGACAUUGGUGGCUUGUCUGGCCCCCCGGCCUCCAGAGACCCGGGCGGAAGACGUCUGGGACCCCGCCCGGUCCCUCCCGCGGGCAGGCGGGGCGGCCCCACAUCGGACUCCUCCCCCGCAGCCCGGCAGGGAUCAGUCGCGGUGCGCGGUUCCGCAGGUGGCAGCUAUGGUCCAGUCCUGAGCGCCCCGCCAUGGCCGGCGCCCCCAGCCUGCUGCGCCUGGCGCUCCUGCUGCUCGGGGCGGUGGGCAGGGCUGGUCCCCGCCCCCAGGGCGCCACUGUGUCCCUCUCAGAGACAGUGCAGAAAUGGCGGGAGUACCGACGCCAGUGCCAGCGAUUCCUCACUGAAGCACCACCUCUGGCCACAGGCCUCUUCUGCAACCGAACCUUUGAUGACUAUGCCUGCUGGCCAGACGGGCCCCCAGGGUCCUUUGUGAAUGUCAGCUGCCCCUGGUACCUGCCCUGGGCCAGCAAUGUGCUUCAGGGCCAUGUGUACCGGUUCUGCACAGCUGAGGGUCUCUGGCUACACAAGGACAACUCCAGCCUGCCCUGGAGGGACCUGUCGGAGUGUGAAGAGUCCAAGCGAGGGGAGAGAAACUCCCCCGAGGAACAGCUACUGUCGCUGUACAUUAUCUACACUGUGGGAUACGCACUUUCCUUCUCCGCCCUGGUCAUUGCAUCGGCCAUCCUUGUUGGCUUCAGACACUUGCACUGCACCCGGAACUACAUCCACCUGAACCUGUUCGCAUCCUUCAUCCUCCGCGCACUGUCCGUCUUCAUCAAGGACGCCGCCCUCAAGUGGAUGUACAGCACGGCUGCCCAGCAACACCAGUGGGAUGGGCUCCUCUCUUACCAGGACUCUCUAAGCUGCCGACUGGUGUUCCUCCUCAUGCAGUACUGCGUGGCGGCCAAUUACUACUGGCUGCUGGUGGAGGGAGUGUACCUCUACACGCUGCUGGCCUUCUCCGUGUUCUCGGAGCAGUGAGUCUUCAAGCUGUACCUGAGCAUAGGCUGGGGUGUUCCCAUGCUGUUUGUCAUCCCCUGGGGCAUUGUCAAAUACCUCUAUGAGGAUGAGGGCUGCUGGACCAGAAACUCCAACAUGAACUACUGGCUCAUCAUUCGACUGCCCAUUCUCUUUGCUAUUGGGGUCAACUUUCUCAUCUUCAUCCGGGUCAUCUGCAUUGUGGUAUCCAAACUGAAGGCUAAUCUCAUGUGCAAGACUGACAUCAAAUGCAGACUUGCCAAGUCCACCCUGACGCUCAUCCCCCUCCUGGGGACCCAUGAGGUCAUCUUUGCCUUUGUGAUGGAUGAACAAGCCCGAGGAACCCUACGCUUCAUCAAACUGUUCACAGAACUCUCCUUCACUUCCUUCCAGGGCCUGAUGGUAGCCAUCUUGUACUGCUUUGUCAACAAUGAGGUCCAGAUGGAGUUUCGGAAGAGCUGGGAGCGCUGGAGGCUGGAGCACUUGAACAUCCAGAGGGACAGUAGCAUGAAACCCCUCAAGUGUCCCACCAGCAGCGUCAGCAGCGGGGCCACCGUGGGCAGCAGCGUAUAUGCGGCCACCUGCCAGACUUCCUGCAGCUGAGCCCCAGUGCUGCGCCUUCCUGUGGUCCUUGCUGCUGGCUAGGUGUCCAUCCCAGGUGGGAGCGACCCUCCCAGGGACAGGGACGGGGAGGGACACAGGCACACACACACACACACACACCCCUUGCUUUCCCUUCUCCAAACCUCUCAGACAGGCAAGUGGACAGUGCCUCCCGGGACUGUAGACACAUGUUCUCCAAGGAGAACAGCCUGCUAAUUUAAUCACCCUGGCAGGAAGAGAGGAAGAAACGAUUGCGGCUAAAACGAGGAGGACUCCUUCCUGUUAAAGCCACAAGGCCCUUGGGGUUCCCUCGGACAGAACAGCAAAUCAGCCCCGGACUCCUACUCAAGGGCAUUGCUGGUUAGUGGGGUUGGGACUUGAGAGAGGAGCGCUCCCACAAGAGACCCACGGUUCUAACCUCGGCCAACACAGAGCUUGGCAAGGUGAGCGGCUGCUGCUUUUUGUCUGCCUGGGGUUGCCACCUGCGUCAGCCUCCUCGUGAAAGAAGAGAGGCUUGCUCCAUGCUCCUGGGUUGCUGGCAUUACCCCGUCCACCUGUUCGUCUCACCAUCCAUCUUGCCUUGGGACCAGGGGCUUUCUUGGAGCUACAACCCGCAGCUCUCUCUGGAAGUGGCUGUGAGUGAUGUUUGGGAUAAAUACCAAGGAGACGCUCAGAGGUCACUGUUGCUGGUGCCCGCUUCUCACCCAACCCUUUAAGUCACUUUGCUCUCAGCUUCUGAUGUGCCUAGUGGUACUAGGGCAAGUCCUAUGGUGAGGAGCCCAGACCCUGCGGUGUGAGGUUAAGAAGCUCAAAUGCCCUCCUCUCAGGUUCAUGUGGAGUCACUUAAGGAAUGUCCCCCUAGGAGUGUUGAUGACAUGAAUCUAGAUGAGCAAGAUAUCCAUUGCCUCCAUCCCUCCACCAUAUCUGUGACCAGAUUCCAUGUCUUGGAUGGGAAUUGGGGUACACCCUCUGAAACCAAUAGCUCCUGACAUUGCUAAGAUGGCAGGCUGCCCCGACUUUGAUAUCCUCCCACUUUAAACACAUAUAUACACUUAUAUGUGUAUGCAAGUAUAUACAUAUAUAUGUAUAUAUGCACUUUAUCCCUUCCCCUUUAUUGCGGUGGCUGUUGUGUCUAUACCGACAUACAAUUCUGAUUUCUCCCACCAGAUAGAAGAACCAAAUCAUAGCUGUUGUUAUGUUUGAUGGGUGUGGGGGAAGUGAUCGAUUUUAUCCUCCCCAGACUCCUCCCACACAUAAUGAGCAGCAGAUAGGGCAGGACGGAGGAAAAUCAGUCACUCCUACCCCUAGCCACCAUGGUAAAGUUGUCAGGGGACAGCAGUGCAGAGACUCAGACCCAAGGACGGCCUCCCUGGGGAAGGCAAUGAGUUUGGAGAGGCCAUGGAAGCUUCCAGAGCUGGAAAGAAGCCUAGUAGUCCAGACCUCCUUUGAGGUUGGGGUAAGGGUGGCUUCAGACGGGAGUCUCAUGUGAGGCCGAUCUCCCCUUCAUCCUGUGGAAAGUGGGGGACCCUCCCCAAUGCUUUCACUAGACACAUUCUCCUGUGCUCCUUGGAGAGGCAUGGGGCAUGUAUGGGAGAUAAUAAUGGGCCAUAAAAUAUACCAGGCAGAAAAUUUCUUCUCCUUCGGCUUUGACCGAGUGUUGUGUCUAUGUUAACAGGGAAGUGGAGCCUCAGGCUAGAGAAAGGCCAUGCCGCCUUGCUACCUCCUUAACCAAGACACAGGGUUCAGUGGGGGAAGUGGGCCCAGGAUCGUCCACUCCCUAAGAACCAGGGCAGGCUUCCCAUUGGGCACCUCUUUCUUGCUUUCCCUCUGGGAACAGUGGACAGAUAAGCAUGGGAUAAACUGGGGACUUUGGAGAAUCAUUAAUUACCCGUGAGUGAAAGGAAAAGACAGAUUUAAUAGGCCUGAAAUAAGGUUUUCAGGGGAGAGAUGCUGGAAGAGUGUAGGCAACUCAGUAGGAGCCGUUUAUGUGGGGUCCUUCCCCCCUCUGGACUCUGGAUUCCCGGCUUCUCCAAGAUUUUCAGUGCAGGUUUCCCUUGCCAGACUUGUGAUACUGAAGAAAUGUUUGCCUUUCCUCAAAUCCCCAUUCUAUUUAUGUUUGUUUGAAUGGCACCACACUUCCCCUGAGCUCUUUCCAAACUUGCCCAAGCUAAAUAUAGCUCCCCUAGGCCUGGGAAUUAUCCAGUGCUAUGUACUCUGAGAUUCCACUAGCUGUUUACAUGCCUCAUGCCAUAAGUCUAAGCCUGUCAUUGCUGAGAACUCUCUGGCUGCGCCUGACCCUGUCCUGGGGCUAAUAUUGCUGGCCUAUAGGGUGUGUAUGUAGUGGCUUUGAUGGAGAUAUACAGCCAGUGGGAGCAUAUGGUAGUUGUAGGUGGCUGCUGGCUUCAGCACUCUGGCCAGCUCCUGGGACCGUGGUAGUGGCCGAAGUCUCAAAGACUCUCAUAGGCUACUUCAACCUUUGAACAGCUAAAUCAUUGAGCUUCACAAAUCACUUACACUGCCUUCUCUUUCAAACGACUUUCUGGAAGGCAAGCGUGAUUACAAUUGCCCUAGCACUCGAGACGACAUUAGUGGGGUUCUGGGAUGCUUCGUAGGCAGGAAAGAUCCUGACAGUUCCUCCUGACCUUGAUCUACAGAAGUGAGGAGAGAGGCUUGCAAAAAGGUUUGCUGGGGGCCACAGCACUAGCCUGCCAAUGCGGAUGGGCCUCUGGGCAGGCCAGGUGAACGCAUGAAUGGUCAUUCAAGAUGUGCCAAGUACAAGUCCUCAAGUGACCUGGGAUUUAUAUUGAGGAAAUGGAACAGCAAAGGUGAACCCACCACAUGGCAAAGGUGUCGCCCCUGGCAAGAGGAAUCAGGGUGUGUUUUACAGCAUGAUCUAGUAUCUCCCUCAUUCUUGUCUUAAAAUUAAGAGAUGAGGGGAUGGAGAGAUGGGCCAGUGGUUAAGACUGUGAGCUGCUUCUGGAGAGGACCCAAGUUCCCAGCACCCACCCACAUCAGUAGGCUCAUGAUCUCUUAUAACUUCAGCUCCAGGGUAUCUGACACCCUCUUUUGACCUCCACUGGAACCUGCACACAUGUGGACAUGUGGCAUACACACAACUCAUGCAAACACAUAAUACACAUAUACACAAAUAAUAAUAAAUAAAAUCUUCAAAAACAAAGAGAUGAAAUGCAUCUGAGCAUAUCGGACUCAGUAUUAGAGAGAGCAUGGCAUUCUCAAUGACUCUCUUACAGUUUUUCAGAUUCAUCUUCUUGUUAGGAGGCAUAUGAAGGGACUGAACGAAACAAAAUGGUGACCCAGAACUUCAACUUUCCCCCUCUAGUGCUCCCUGAAUUUUGGAGCGCUGUCACAAAUUGGACCACUAGAUGGUACAGCACCCCCAAAGGACAAAUAGAGUCAGUUUUCAUUCAUGCCUGAGCUGGCUGUGUUUCAGCAAUCCAAGGGAAAGAACACUAUGUGUGCCUGUGUUUGUCCUGUGCAUUCCAGUCCAAGGUGAGGAGAUGCAGGAGCCAGGUUCAGUCCUCCUCCGCCAUGAAGGUCACAGGCCUGCACAGCCGGGGUGGGGUGGGUAUGCUGGCUAGGAAUCUGGCAGAUGCAGCCCCUCCAUGCACAGGCAGGGCUUCCAUUAUCACUAAUGCCUGCAACGUGCUCGGGGAAGGCAGAAUAUGUUUCAAAGCCUUAUUUUCCAUCUGCUGAAUUGAUUCUAAUCUACAGGGCCGACUCUACUUUUGGCUCCUAGGAGGCAAACUUUUUUUUUUUCAAUCCUCAAAUAAUAAAACACGAGGAUUGAUUUUGCUAAGACUGCUAUGCAAAUGGCAUGUUAAAUAUUCAACAGAAAGCAAAUUAGCAUCAACUCUAAUGUCACGGUGGGGUGGGUCCCCUCCUCAACCUUUUUUUUGAUAGCUCAAUCGAGUUUCCUUGUUGAGAAAAGGGGUCCAGUUUGAGAACCUUCUACCCACAUUGCCAUGCUCCCAUGCUGUUGUCUGCAGCCUGAGCCAUUUCUCUGGCCCUGGGGACAACCACAUCAAGAAGAAUUAUUCAGGAUCAGCGAGAUGGCUCAGCUGGUCAAAGCACUUGCCUAUAAGCCAGAUGACUCGCAUUUGAUCCUGGGUCCCACAUGUUAGAGAGAACUGAUUCCCAAAGUGGUCAUCUGACCUCUACAUGCAUGAGAUGGCAUGCAUAUCCCCCAACACAUACCCACAUAAUAAAUAAAUAAUUGUAAUUUAAAAAAAAUUAAAAGAAUAAUAGCAGUCACAUUGCUUUGGAAAAUAUUUUUUUAAAGAAGUGUGGGUAAGCAGUGUGCUUUUGGGAGCUUUCCUUGGUUCCAUGGUAUGUCUAGAGCACAGUUAUUUCUACUCUGCUGAUGGGAUGAUUGGCAGGAUGUUGUGGAAUGAUGCUCUUGUACACUGUAAAGAUUUGUUGCUCGUAUUGGUUUAAUAAAACACUGAUUGGCCAGUAGCCAGGCAGGAAGUAUAGGUGGGGUGACCAGACUAGGAGAAUUCUGGAAAGAUGAAAAGCAGAGACAAAGUCACCAGCCAGAUGCAGAGGAAGCAAGAUGAGAUGCCUUACAGAGAAAAGGAACCAAGCCAUGUGGCUAAACAUAAAUAAGAAUCAUGUGUUAAUUUAAGUUGUAAGAGUUAGUUAAUAAUAAACCUGUGCAAUAGGCCAAACAAUUUAUAAUUAAUAUAAGUCUCUGUGUGCUUAUUUAGGGCUGAAUGGAUGUGGGACCAGGCAGAGAAACUUCUGUCGAUGGCAGAAAACAGAUAAGGUUAAUUGUAAAUUUGAACAGUAAAUAAGACACCUUGUUAGAAACAACAAAGUGCAUCAACUUCGGUUUUGUUGUUAAGGACCUCACUGUGUAUUGCAGACCAGCCUAGAGUUUUCCAGUCUGAAGGAAAAACAAAAAAUAGAACAAUAUUUUAAAAAUAAAAUUUAGAGGACUUGAAAGACCUAUUAGAUGUUGUGGUGGUUUGAAUAAAAACGGCCCCCAUAAGUCCAUAGGAAGUGGUACUAUUAGGAGGCAUGGCCUUUUAUGGAUUUGGUGUGGCUCACAGGCAACCCACAGCCACCACAUUCUCCUAAGAUCCAGAGAGGGCAACAUACCCCAACGAAUGGAACACCCACUUGACAAAGAUAGGACUAGAUAUCAGCCCCAGAAUUGCAAACAUCCCAAACUCAGGUGCCUAAAGACAGAACCAAUCAUAGCCAGGACAAAUAUGUCUCCACUAGAGCCCAGCAACCCCACUACAGUGGGCCCUGAGAAAUGCAUCGUAGCUGAGGCAGAAGGCAAGGAGUGCGAAAUGGCCGUGAUGAGCAGGAGCCUCAGAGGCAGGAGUCUCAGCAACAUAAUCAGGAGAUGGAACAGAGAGACGCUCAGGCAUUGCUGACACAGUAGAGGGAAUAGAUACCUACGUCAAAGAAAGUGCUAGAUCCAAAAAAAGGGGGCACAAAACAUCCAGGAAGUCUGGGACACGAUGAAAAGACCAAAUCUAUGAAUAAUCAGAAGAGAGGAGGAAGGAAAAGAAACCCAGGUCAAAGGCACAGAAAAUAUUUUCAACAAAAUUGUAGAAGAAAAUGUCCCUAAUCUAAAGGAGGAGGUACCUGUCGAGGUACAAGUAGCAUACAGAACACCAAACAGCCUGGACUGCAAAAGGAAAUUUUCCGCAGCACGUAAUGAUCAAAUCACUAAACGCACAGAACAAAGAGCAAAUACUAAAUGGGAAAAAGACCGAAUAGCAUCUAAAGGCUAUCUUUUAGACUAGCAGCUGACUUUUCAAUGAAGCCUCUAAAAGCCAGAAGGGCUGGACAGAUGUUCCAUAAACUCUAAAGAGAACUCAGAUGCCAGCCCAGAUUACUAUACUCAGCCAAAGUUACAAUCAUGAUAGAUGGAUGAAGAGAGGCAUUACGUAAUAAAAACUAAAUUCUGGCAGUAUUUUUCUACAAAUCCAGCCCAUGAAAGGUGCUAGAAGGAAAAUUUCAAUCUCAAGGUUUCAACUACACUGAAGAAAACACAAAAAAUAAAUAUCAGACCAUUAGAUCAAAAAGGGCAGAAGCUCAUACAACAACAAAAUAACAGAAAUCAGCAAACACUGCUCACUGGUAAUUAUCAACAUCAAUGAUCUCCAUUCCCCAAUGAGAAGACAGACUAGCAGCAAGGAUGGGAGAACAGAAUGCAUUCUUCUGCUGCAUCCAGGAAACACGGCCACAUCAAGGGUAGACAUCACCUCAGGGUAAAAGGAUGGAAAAAGAUAUUCCUAGCAAAUGGACCUAAGAAACAAGCUGGCAACGCCAUUUUCAUACCUGUCAUAAAGACUUCAAACCCAAUUAGAACAGAUAGAGAAGGGCACUACAUACUCAUCAAAGGAAAAAUCCACCAUGACGAUAUUGCACUCUUAACACACACCCGACACAAGGGCACCCAGGUUCAUAAAAGCAACAUUACUGCAGCUAAGUCACAUAUUAAUCCUCAUACAGUGAUAGUGGGCGGCUUCAGUACUUCACUCUCCCCGAUAGAUGGGUCAUCCAGACAAAAACUAAACAGAAAUGCUGGAGUUAACUGAUGUCCUAAAACAGAUAUCUACAGAACAUUACAUUAAAGCACAAAAGAAUAUGCCUUCUCUGCACCUCAUGGAACUUUCUCCAAAGCUUAUGUCUACAUACUUGGCCAUAAGGCAAGUCUCAACAGAUACAAGAAAACUGAACUAACACCCUGCGUUGAAGAAUAUUACUUUAACUAUGACAAGUUGUGUUUGUUUAUGCUGCAUUUGUUUAAUGAUAUAAAGAUGCGUUGGUUUCUUUGUCUGCCUAAGGCACCUGAUUGGUCUGAUAAAAAGCUGAACAGCCAAUAGCUAGGCAGUACAAGGAUAGGCAGAUCUUAUGGGGAGAGAGACUAAGUAGGAGGGGGAAUCUAGGCUCUAGAGAAGAGAGAAUGAGGAAGAAAAAGAGGAGAGGGGGAUGCCCAGGGCUGGCCAGCCAGGAGACUACCAGCCAGACAGACACAGAGUAGGACAUACAGAAUGAAAGGAAUGAGGCAAAAUGUAGAUGAUGAGAAACAGGUUGAAUUAAGUUAUAAGAGCCAGUGGGACAAACAUAAGAUAAGGCCAAGCAUUCGUAACUAAUAAUAAGUCUCUGUGUCAUGAUUUGGGGGCUGGCAGUCCAAGAAAGCCUGCUACAACCCUGCAUGCUACCUGACCACCAUGGGUUAAAGGUGGCUAUCAAUAACGGAAACAACAGAGAGCUUACAAAUUCAUGGAAAUUGAACAACAAGCUUUGGAAUGAGGAAUGGCUCAAGAAAAAAUUAAGGAAGAAAUUAAAAACUUUCUAAGUUGAAUGAAAAUGAAAACCCAGCACCCCCGAACUUAUGCGACCCAAAGAAGGCGGUUCUAAGAGGCACGUUCAUUGCGCUAACUGCAUUCAGAAAUGCUCCAUGUUUCCACAUUUAUGUGACUCAUGGAUUACAACCCACAGUUACAAAGCUGGGCGCAACAGAGCCAUAGCUAAGCUCAGUCAUGGGCAGUCCAGAAAGAUGGCGUGAGGGCUGUUGUUUGAGUCACUACAUCUUGUCUAUAUAGGAAACAAGACAGUGCCUGCUUCCCCGGCUCCUCGUUGAUCUUCUGGCUCUGUCAUCCUUCAGCUUGCUCUACGGAAGAUAAGAAUAUGUAAUCCCAGCUACUCUGGAGGCCAAGGCAUGUGGGCCACAGUUCAAAACCUGCUUGGGCUAGAGAGUGAGAGUCAAGGCUAGCCUAGACAACGUGGUAAAACCGGGCUGGUGGUGUGCUACAGCUGUGAGCGCUUGACAUGCUUGCUAGCAUGCAGGAGGCUCUAGGCUCAACCCC